AUGGAGCAGAUUGAGACGCAGGUCAGCGACUUGCGCUACUUGACCCAAGCACCCGUCCCUCUGCCGCCCGACCGCGACCGCGCUCACACUUCCGCUGGCUAUUCUCCACACAAUCACUCUGUCCAUUCCCCCCUUUCCGCGACCCCCGGAGACAAUUCCGCACAACAACCAGGGCCCUCGAGAGGCCCAACUGCCGCCGGCACGCCUGGUUCGAGCUCUGUAUCUGGUUCCAAGAGGAAGUCGGAGGACGAGAGCAAUGCUGCCAGGCAGCAGAGAAGCAAGAGGAACCGGAUCAAGUGCAAUGGCGAGACUCCUUGCCAACGAUGCGGCAACCUCAACCUGGCGUGUCUUUACGCCCCCAACUGCUGCUCCAACAAUUUCAAGGACUCGGACGAGUACAAGACGAUGACGGCGCAGAUGAUGCGCCUGCAGGAGCAGGUUGAUGCCCUUCACCAAAACAUGAACGCCCUCCGCUCCGAAACCCUGCGUCUGGCCCCCAUCCAGGACAAAGUAUUACCUUUCCCCUCCAGCACAGCCCAGGCCUUCCCCGCAAGCUCGCUUUCUCCCCUCCACCGGCCUGAGUUGACCCAACCCAAGCAGGCUUCCUUCCGCGGCCCUACCAGCAUGGCAUUUAGUCUCGAUGUCGCCAACACCACCAUCCAUAACAUGGGCUACAAGGGCAUAGGGGAUGGCGAUGACCAGAGCACGGCCUUGGGGGUUCCCGAAGACAGUCCUUUUCGCAUGGCUCCUCAUGAGGGGCAGGUCGACCCGUUAUGGGACUUCGGCAGGGAUGAGAUGAUUCGCCUGUGCCGCUUGCAUGAGGAGGAGGUUGGCAUCAUGUAUCCUGUCAUGAAGAUCCAAUCUGUCAUCGAACAUGUCCGCCACCUGACGGCUUACAUGGAAUCGGCCAGGAAGCAGGGCCUCACACCAAGCCUCAACGAUGAGAAGACGCUCCAGCUCAAGAUUGUCAUGAGCUGCGCCUUGGUCGUAGAAGAGCACGGUCACAGCGAAAAGGCAUGCAAGCUGAUCGACAGCAUGGAGGCCGUACUCAACCGCAAGCUCAUGGUCGAGCCAGUCGACUUUGUGAGCCUUCCGGCGCUGCUUCUUCUUGCCGGCUAUAGAUUCCUGGCCAACGAGGAGAUUCUCGCGUGGAGAGUCAUGGGUCAGGUUACGAGGUUAUGCCUGGAGAUGGGCAUCCACAGGACAACUGGCAUUGCCAAGAUCCAGAACGAAGAGGACAGAAAAAAUGCCUUGAACAGCUUCUGGUCAGCCUACGUGCUGGAUAGAAGAUGGGCUUUUAACACGGGCCUGCCAUUUGUUGUCACUGAUGAGGAGAUCGACCCGGAUCUGCCCAUGCCCGAAGAACAUCCGUAUCUCGUUGCUAUGAUCACCUACUCGAGGCUGGGUGCCAAGGUUUGGCGCCAGGUCGCUCACUUCGGCCCCGUCUUGGCCCGCGAGCUUCGAUACGAAGACAUGGAACAGCUAGAUCAGGAGAUCCUGCAGUGGUAUGAGCAUGUACCUGAAGAGGUCAAGCUUCGCAACUGGGACAAGGAGAAGCAAAUGACGACCACGCCGUCAUACAAUUUGCAGCGACUACGCGUCUGGACAUACCUUCGUUACAAUCAGAUCCGCAUUUGGCUGUACACACCAAUUCUUCACAGUGCCACGAGCAUCAUGAGCCACUUUGUCCAGGCUCAACGCGUCGUCGAUCUCGCAAAGGAUACGAUUCGCUAUCUCAGCCACCUCAACAGCACCACGAACCUGUACCGCAAGAUCCAGGUUUUCUACCAUCAGUUUCUCACAUCGGCCAUAUCAGUUCUCUUUCUGGCCUCUGUCCAUGCGCCAGUGAGGUUCAGUCCUAUUUGCCGCGAGGAGUUCUACAUGGGGCUGGAGCUUGUCAAGGACCUUUCGGCCAAAAGCUGGGUUUCGCAGCGGUUAUGGCGCACAAUCAGUUCGCUAAAGGAAGUGGCUCCGAGCAUCGGCCUGCGCAAUCAGCCGGACGAGGAUGCCCACAGCUCUGCGGCCCUGACGAUGGCCGGCCUGGCCAGCGGACGCAUGUCGACCAGUCCAGCGACUAUUGCCCCUUUCGGACGUUCUUCCCUCUCGACAACGCCCACGAUUCCUCAACACCAGGCACCAAACAUGGAGACGGCACAGUCACCAAACAACGGAGUUCGUAUUCAAAACGAAAUGAGUCGCAUCUUCGAGGGCUACAUGGGGCUCAACGGCUUCGCCUCCGGGGGAGAGGAUGGCUUUGGAGGGCAGCAGCCGAGCACCAGUUUGCCCCCAACAACGGCUGGGGUUUCGAAUCCGUAUGUCGACAACGUCUUCUUCCAUUUCAGGGAGAUGUUUUAG